AUGCUUACUAGCAAACCUUGGCUCGACCCUACGCAAAUCCUUGUACAAGUAAAGUUAAAUAAGGCUUUUCCGUCUAAGGUUCCUAUUAAGAAUGAGAGUGGCUCUAUCACUAUGGUUGAUGUGUUAUACUCAUGGCUGCCAUCUAAAUGUUCUAAUUGCGGUCUUUUGGGACACAAAGCUUCUCGCUGCCUAGGUAAGCUUCCUCCAAGACAACAAGAUAAGCCCUCCACCAAUGCUGACAUUGCUUCAGAUGAUGUCUCACUGUCCAAACCUUCUCCUACUUUUCCUUUAAGUGACCCAGAUUCAAGUUUUAAAGCUUCAGUUACCACUACUGGUGAAAGUGUUAUCUCAAUAGCAACAUCUAAAUCUCAAGCUGCAAUUAUUUCUACUCCAGAGGUAAUUGAGUUUAUCUCAGCAGGAUCUGCAGCAGAUAAUGCUGUAAAUCAGUCUGCAAUUGCUACCUCUACAAAAUCAGUCAGCACCAUGAUAUCUCCACCAAUCAGUCAUCAUGAUACAUGUAAUGAAUCAAAUGUGUUUGAACCCGUUACUUCUGCUAAUGUGGAAGACCUAAUUUCUUUAGCUACUGUUACGGAACUUGAGAACAUGUAUGUUUCUCCUACUUUUAUUUGUAUUAAUGAAGCUGUUGUGUCUCCGAGUAUGGAGUCCACUCGAUCCUUGCCAAUCACUGAUACUCCGAUAGAUCAAGUACCUCCAGCGGUCCAAAGAGAAAGUAGUGGAAUAGCGAGACUUGUUUUAGGCUCAAACAAGUUUGCCUUGUUGAUAUAUUUGGAAGAGGAAGAAGAAGACCCAGUGAGUUUUACCUCAGAGACGAACUCGGUGGAUCUUAUGACACCUUCCGGGAAAAGAACCCUUCUAGAAAGACCAGUUAAGCCAUCAGCAAAAGCUAGAGAGAUGCACUUCCAGUUCACAGGUAGCGGCGGAGGAAACCGUGGACGACGUGGACGUGGAGGUGGAAAUGGCUAA